ACGGCAGCGCGCAGGCAGCAGCAGAAAGCGCAGCUGCUCUAGGGUAGUCCACGCCCCCUUCCCGCUCCGGUGACAGUCUCUGCGGAAAGUCGCAUUAGUGAUUUCUGGAAAGCACGGAGGGGUCAACGGCAGUCCUGCCGGAUUGUCCAGACCAAGUGACCAAGAAACGGUUUUCUAGUGAACUACCCCCACCCCUACGCAGCCUGCAGCCUACACCCUGAGGCCCUGAAGAUGCUGAGAUCUAUGUGGAAUUUUUUGAAACGUCACAAAAAGAAAUGCAUCUUCCUGGGCACAGUCCUCGGAGGAGUAUAUAUCCUGGGGAAAUAUGGACAGAAGAAAAUCAGAGAAAUACAAGAAAGGGAGGCUGCGGAAUAUAUUGCCCAAGCACGGAGACAGUAUCAUUUUGAAAGUAACCAGAGGACUUGCAAUAUGACAGUGCUAUCCAUGCUUCCAACACUGAGAGAGGCCUUAAUGCAGCAACUCAACUCUGAGAGCCUCACAGCUCUGCUAAAAAACAGGCCUUCAAACAAGCUAGAAAUAUGGGAGGAUCUGAAGAUAAUAAGUUUCACAAGAAGUAUUGUAGCUGUAUAUAGUACUUGUAUGCUGGUUGUUCUUUUGCGGGUCCAGUUAAACAUAAUCGGUGGAUAUAUUUACCUGGAUAAUGCAGCAGUUGGCAAAAAUGGCACCACCGUUCUUGCUCCCCCAGAUGUCCAACAGCAAUAUUUAUCAAGUAUUCAACACCUCCUUGGAGAUGGCCUGACAGAAUUGAUCACUGUCAUUAAACAAGCUGUGCAGAAGAUUUUAGGAAGUGUUUCACUUAAAUAUUCUUUGUCCCUUUUGGACUUGGAGCAAAAACUAAAAGAAAUCAGAAAUCUCAUUGAGCAGCAUAAAUCUUCUUCUUGGAUUAAUAAAGAUGGAUCCAAAUCUUUAUUAUGCCAUUAUAUGAUGCCAGAUGAAGAAACUCCAUUGGCAGUUCAGGCCUGUGGGCUUUCUCCUAGAGAUGUUACCACUAUUAAACUACUCAAUGAAACUAGAGACAUGUUGGAAAGUCCAGAUUUCAGUACAGUUUUGAAUACCUGUUUAAACCGAGGUUUUAGUAGACUGCUAGACAACAUGGCUGAGUUCUUUCGACCUACAGAACAGGACUUGCAAUGUGGUAACUCUAUGAAUAGUCUUUCCAGUGUCAGCCUGCCUUUAGCUAAGAUAAUUCCAAUAAUAAAUGGACAGAUCCAUUCAGUUUGCAGUGAAACACCGAGUCAUUUUGUUCAGGAUCUGUUGAUGAUGGAACAAGUGAAAGACUUUGCUGCUAAUGUGUAUGAAGCUUUUAGUACUCCUCAACAACUGGAGAAAUGAUACUUUUUAUCCUUCAAGAAAAAUUACAGUAGGAUUCAUUUACUUUUAAAAAUACACUGAAUAAAUCCAACUAUAUAUAGGGUAAUGAUUUGUUAUCAAAAUGCCUAAUAAAAAUAUAUUCUUAAUCAAACUCUUCAUUUCCCAAUGAAAUAAGAGUUAUUUGGCAUUUUAAUAUUUUUUUAAGUCAUCAACACAUUAGCUAAUUUUGCAGGCAUAUAUGAGUAUACACAGUGCAAAUAUCAAAAUUGUUAAUAAUUUGUAACACCAUGGAUAUUAGUUCCAAACUGACUAAAAUCUAAUAUAGAUACAUUUUUUUAAUAUAAGAUGUAGUAUACUUUGACAUUAACACUGAGGAAGAAUCUGGGAAAUAGGUGUGAAAUUUGGAAAAUAAUGUUAUUCAAUCAAAGUUAACAGGACUAUAGUGUACAGGAGUGAAUGAGACUUUUCUCCAGUUACUCUUCAAAGGAAUAAAUUAUUUAUUUUAAAUUAUCUGAUGGAAGACUUCACUCAUUAUGGAAAUAAGUGAAUUUAGCAGCCAUGAUCAGCAGGUUUUUUUGUUACUAUUCUUUAAAAGUUAUUGAUUUAGAGGCUAAAAUUGUGUUGAUGCUACUCACAGCUAUUGUUAACUGCAUAGUUUCAUUUGUAUAUAAAUAAUUUUAAUAACUUUGUAUUGAUUUUGAGCACAGUGAAUAUCUUAUUGCAAUAAAAUAUUUUGGUAAAAUA